AGAUACAAAUUUGGUCACCGAUUGGAGAAUACUAUUGUUUACCUUCUCGUUCCCGUAUUUGAAUUCGACCGACUUGAAACAUCGGUUUGCUUUCGAAAUUUUCGCAGAAAAACUGAAUGAACAACAUGUGCAUAUACUAGUAUCUCGUUACGUUUCGUUCCCAAGAACUUAGUCACGGGAUUUGCGUUAGUGAUUGUUCUGUUUUUAUUGUUCAAAUUCUAAUGUGUUAGUGAAAAGUGAGGUUAUCGUGAAUUCGAUAAAUUGUAAGACCAGUACAAACUCAAGACGGCGGGGCCUACUGUCAGGGCCCGUUGCGCUCUCAGGAAGGUCCGCAGGGUCUUCCAGGCGUCCGAUCUAGGAUACCCCAUGUUGUUGCAGGUCAUCUUCACCAUCACUCGUCUUGGUCGUUCACCUAGAAAAAAAUACGCAUCAGUUGCAACAUAAUUUGUUGGAUCGUUGACUGUUUUGUGUUGAAUUUUUGUUUUGUGUUUUUUUGUGACUGAAAUAGUUCGGAAGUUUGAUUUUCUUGCUCUUUGUGGCUACUGAUAGACAGAACAAUGAAUAACGCUCAAAAGAAUAAUCUUAGGAAACUUUCGUUCUUGGGUUUUUCCCAUCACGAUAAGACUGGGAUCACUGGAACUAACGAUGGAGAAGUCAAGCUUGAUGAAGAAUGUGCCAAAGUGUUUGCCAUGGAGGGAGUUGGCAUUUCAUCGGGUUUUAACAUUCACAAAUUCCAUGAUUCACCUACACCUUCCGCUCAACCGAGAAUGCUCGAUGAAGAAAUUAACCAUCACAGGGAGAAGAGCUACCCGCACAACCACGUCCCACUCAAAAUCGCCUCUAAGUCGAUGAGACGCCGUCAACCAGCCCCGCUCAACACCCAUAACGCCGUCCCGGCGGAUCCCGACGCCAGGCCUUCGGAUUCGACGCCCACUUCUCCGUUGGUCGACCAGAACACCCAGGAAGAGGACUCGUCCACGGUCCUCCUGAGCUCCAUCACGUUGCCCGAGGAGUCCGAUACAGCCGCCAACAGUUCCGAGUCCGAGUGCGUGUUCAGUGAACCAUGUAACGUGACCGGUUCGAUCGAGAAAAGAGUUCAAUUUUUGGGACAAUCGGAGAACGGUGACCUUCCGAAUGGCAAGGAAAAGGAGAAGAAAAAGAGGAAGCACCUCUACCACCAAUCGAAGUUCCGAAAAUAUUCCCUACCCACCGAAGUAAGUGACCCCGUCUCGUUGUCGAGGAGGAGGCACCAUCACCACCAUCAUCACCACCACGACAAAAACGAGCCCAUAUUCAACGAAAAACGGCGGGUGUCAACUCAGCCCGAAGACCUCCCUUUGAAAGAUGCAGACAGAGACCAACUGGACAGCCAUCGAUCAGACGAUUCCAAGGCUCUCAGAAGGACGAAAAUCUCGAGACCCGGCAACACCGCUAUGGUUUAUGUCGGGAAAAAUGAUACUGGAGAACCUCAGACCACCCCCAACAAGACAUAUGACCACAGUCCACAUGCGCUCUUCGUUGAAUUGGACGAACUACAUACAUCAGUAGAAGAAAACGAAUGGAAGGAAAAAGCCCGUUGGAUCAAGUAUGAAGAAGAUGUAGAAGAAGGCAUCGAUCGAUGGGGAAAACCACACGUUGCUUCUCUCAGUUUUCAUUCUCUACUCAAUCUGAGGAAAUGCCUCGAAGAUGGACUUGUUCUUCUGGACAUGGAGGAAAGGGAUCUUCCAGCCAUAGCGUAUCGUGUCACGGAAGAACUAUACAGGGAGGAUCUGAUCCGGGAGGAAAACAAGGCUAAGCUGAUGCGGACUCUCCUAUUGAGGCACAGGCACGUGAACGAACAUAAUGACAAGGGAUUCAGGUUUCCAAAAAAACACAGCUACGCGUCCCUUCAAUCGCUAUGGCUUGAGGACGGCGUCAGCCUCGACACCAUGAUGAUGGCGAGAACGGCCCGUUUCUCCUUCAGCGCCGCUCAGGGUCAUCUGUACCCGCCAAAUGUCUUGCCGCGACGCAACCCGACUUGUCCGCACAACCUUUAUGACCUGGAACGCAGGAAGAUCAGUAUGCCCUUUGAAAUAUCCAAGAAUGGGCAUUUGGACGCCGAGAGUAAGCUGCUUGGAGAUAGUGGCCAUAUUGCUGUUGAGAUACGUGGCGAGGAGACUUAUUCAGCGAGUUCGGAAGAUGUUAGGAAGGCACAAAAUGAAUCUAUCUUGAAGAAGAUUCCUCCAGGUGCCCAAGCAAGCAGCGUGUUGGUAGGUGAAGUGGAUUUCUUGGAACAACCGGCUAUUUCUUUCAUAAGAUUGGCAGAAGGCGUUGUUAUACCAAGUUUGGUGGAAGUCAAUUUGCCCUGUCGAUUUAUAUUCAUCCUUCUAGGACCUAAACGAGCCAACUUGGAUUAUCGUGAGGUUGGUAGAUCCAUUUCGACACUCAUGGCAAACCAGCAGUUCCUUAACAUUGCGUUUGGAGCCUACGACCGUAAUGCUUUGCUAUCAGCUAUCAACGAGUUUUUAGACGACAGUAUAGUUUUGCCACCUGGCAAUUGGGAGCGAAAGGCUCUACUUCCCAUUGAAGAACUGAAGGCGAAGAGCGAGCAAAUAAGAAAGAGAAAGGAAAAUGCUUUGAAGAAAGCAGCAGAGGCUCAAGGAAUCACCAAGACUCUGCUGUGUGCUGGAGACGGCGACGAAAAGAAACCCCCAUACAACCCCCUGGAGCGUACCCGAAAACCGUGGGGAGGCCUAAUCAACGACCUCAAACGCCGCUACCCCUACUACUUGAGCGACGUCAAAGACGGAAUCAACGCGCAAUGCGCAGCCGCGUCCAUUUUCAUGUACUUCGCUGCGCUCUCCGGAGCCGUGGCCUUCGGUGGUCUACUCAGCAACAAGACAGACAACAGCAUCGGCACCUCGGAGACGCUGAUGUGCACCAGCAUAUCAGGGAUACUGUUCGCGCUGUUGUCUGGUCAACCUCUAGUCAUCGUAGGCACCACAGGGCCUCUGCUGUUGUUCGACGAGAGUCUCUACCAGUUCUGCAUAAGCAGCGGUAUCGAUUUUCUGCAGACCCGCAUCUUCAUCGGGUUCUGGCUCGCUUUCAUAGGCUUGUUCGUCGCGUGCCUGGAGGGUAGCAUGUUGGUCAAGCUGUUCACCAGGUUCACCGAGGACAUAUUCUCCGCACUGAUCGUGCUACUCUACAUCCUGGAGAGCGUGACCAAGCUCAUCUUGAUUUUCCGAAGACACCCAUUGAUGUCCAGUUAUUGGGAGUUUGAGGAAUUAACUGUGCCCGGAAAUACGUCUAUGAUAUUCAAAGAUUUGAGGAAUGGAACUGAUGGUGAAGUUAGUGAGAGUGCCCAGAUGUUGAGUAUUAUUCAAUACAGACCUUUACCCACAAUGGAUGUUCAUGGACCCAUCAACCAGCCCAACACAGCUCUCUUUUGUACGGUUCUCUCGUUGGGGACGUUCAUCAUUGCAUAUUACUUGAAGAUGUUCAGAAAUAGCCAGUUUUUGGGGAGGAGUGCACGGAGAGCACUUGGAGACUUCGGUGUGCCUAUCGCAAUUGUCACGAUGGUAUUCAUUGACUACAUCGUGCCACAAACCUACACAGAAAAACUUUCGGUGCCAGAAGGACUGUCCCCAUCUAAUCCAGAAAAGAGGGGAUGGUUGAUUUCUCCAACAGGUCUGCCAGUAUGGGUUAUGUUCGCGUCAGUCAUACCAGCCAUGCUCGUUUAUAUUCUUUUAUUCAUGGAGACUCACAUAACUGAAUUGAUCAUCGACAAGAAGGAGAGAAAACUGAAGAAGGGAAGCGGUUUUCACUUAGACAUUGUGCUAAUUUGUCUGUGCAACAUUCUCAGUGGAACUUUUGGGUUGCCCUGGGUUUGCGCAGCUACUGUGAGGUCCAUAACGCACGUCUCCGCCCUGACUGUGAUGUCCAGGACGCACGCACCUGGAGAAAAACCUCAUCUGAUAGAGGUUAAAGAGCAACGUCUCUCGGCAUUGGCUGUUGCAUCACUUAUUGGUCUUUCUGUACUUAUGGCUCCACUUCUUAGAUUGAUACCUAUGGCUGUGUUAUUUGGAGUGUUCCUAUACAUGGGGGCUGCUUCUGUUGAUGGUAUACAAUUUUUUGAUAGGAUGAAAUUGUUCUUCAUGCCCGGGAAACACCAUCCUCAGGCUUCAUACGUCAGAAGGGUAAAAACCCACAAAAUGCACUUGUUUACGGGUGUACAACUGGCCUGUCUCAUAUUCCUAUGGAUUGUUAAAUCCACGAAGGCUGCUCUGGCGUUUCCGUUCUUCCUUGUUCUCAUGGUACCGCUGAGGGCUCAACUGACCCAUUUCUUCUCCACCAGGGAACUCAGGGCGCUUGACGGAGAUCAGCCAGAUGUAGACGACGACGAGCCUGACUUCUACGCAGAGGCGCCACUUCCAGGUUAAAAAGGGGCACCUCAUUCCGGCAGUUGGGAAAACCGCCAUAUUCUUCGUCCGUUUAGAAAGACGAAAAUUAAAAACAUAGUUAAACUAAAUUGUAGUGCGAGAACACUUUGCAUUAGAUUGUCAAUUGACUCAUUUUCAAUUUCAGUAUUAUUUCUUUAAAGUUUUCUGCUGCAAUUCGAACAGAGAAAUUAUCGUAGGCAAAUUUUAAUCUAAAUGAUAGUUUAGGUUCGAAAAAAUAGUUGAAUAUUAGAUAUUCCAAAACGUUUCUUAUAUCUUAAAUAUUUACACUGAUUAAAUUCAAAGGGAUAAUGGACACAUUCCCAUAUCAUUAGAUUCUAACAAUAGAAUGAAAAGUAAUGAAAUAAAUAGUACUAUAUUAUUAUGA